AUGGCUGCUAGUGACGCUCCCAACCGGGACAACAAGGAGGUCUAUGUCAACGACAGGGACACUAAAGAGGUUCUUGUCAAUGAUCGAUCUCCUAGUGAUUCUCCUACCGACAGUGGUGAUGAGACUGCCUCUUCGACGAUUGAGCAUGUCUUUUCUGACCCUCAGGUCGCCGACCGCUGGCGCAAGGUCUACGAGAAUGCCAAGUAUGAGAACCGUCAUAGGUUCGACCCCAACUAUACUUGGACUGCCGAAGAGGAAAAGAGGCUUGUGAGAAAGAUCGAUUGGCGUAUUACUCUCUGGGCAUGGGUCAUGUUCUGCUCCCUCGACUUUCACCGGCGCAACAUUAACCGCGCCAUCUCGGAUAAUAUGCUUCCCGAGAUUGGCAUGGACACAAACGACUUCAACUACGGCCAGACCAUCUUCCUCGUCAGCUUCCUCUCGGCUGAACUCCCCAGUGGCUUGAUCAGCAAGAAGCUCGGAGCCGACAGAUGGAUCCCCUUCCUCAUCUGCUCCUGGUCUCUCGUCGCUGGCUCGCAGGCCGCCCUACACAGCAGGGGGGCCUACUUUGCCAUCAAGGCCCUACUAGGUCUUUUGAUGGGUGGAUUCAUUCCUGAUAUUGUUCUUUGGCUUACUUACUUCUACAAGUCUAAUGAGCUGCCCAUUAGACUGGCCUUUUUCUGGACGGCCCUGAGCACUAGCAACAUUGUGGGUUCGCUGCUCGCUUCCGGUAUCCUGCAGAUGCGAGGCGUCGCCGGUUUGGGAGGUUGGAGAUGGCUAUUCAUUCUUGAAGCCAUUGGCACCUUCAUCGUCGGUCUCUUCUCAUGGGUUCUUAUGCCUCCUGGUCCCUGCCAGACCAAGAGCUGGUUCCGUGGCAAGGACGGCUGGUUCAAUGAGCAUGAGGAGUACAUCAUGGUUAACCGACUUCUCCGUGAUGAUCCCAGCAAGGGUGACAUGAACAACCGACAAGCCGUCAACCUCCCCCGACUCUGGAGGGCCAUCAAGGAUUGGGAGCAGUGGCCGCUCUACAUCAUCGGCCUCAUGGUCUACAUCCCACCUUCGCCCUUCAGCACAUACCUGUCCUACAUCCUGCGUCAGAUUGGUUUCUCUGUUUUCAAGGCCAAUCUCCUCGCCAUUCCUUCGCAGUUCCUCUAUGCCGUUAACCUCCUCAUCAUCACAUGGGUCUCUGAGCGCGUCAAGGAACGAGGCAUGCUCUCGUCUCUCUCCAACAUUUGGAUCUUCCCAUGGGUUCUCGCCCUCGUUGUCCUUCCCGCCGACAUGUCUCCCUGGGUUCGAUACGCUCUUAUCUCAGGUCUUCUGAGCUACCCAUACUGCCACGCCAUCCUGGUAGGCUGGAAUGCCAAGAACAGUAACAGUGUGCGUACCCGUGCCAUCAGCGCCGCCUUGUACAACAUGUUUGUGCAGACAGGUAACAUUGCCGCUUCCAACAUCUUCCGCGAGGACGACAAGCCUCUGUACCGCCGGGGCAACAGGGUCAUCUUGGGUAUUACCUGCGGCAACAUUGUGCUGUUUUACCUUGUCAAGGCGUUUUACGUCUGGAGGAACAAGGUGCGCGACAGGAGAUGGAAUGCUCUCACUAAGGAGCAGCAGGAGGAUUAUAUCCUCAACACCACGGAUGAGGGUCAGCAGCGCUGGGACUUUAGAUUUGCUCACUAG